AGUUCAAUUUCCAUAUUAAAAAUCGUUGUCCGCACAGUGGGAAAGAAAAAGGAAAUCUCGCCCCUUCAAUUGCUCUUCCUCUCUCUUCACAUGAUUCGUCCUUUCAGGUUUCUUGGCGCCGUAAACUCGUCGGCGACCAUCCAACCCACCACUGCUACCUCGGAGUCCUCGGAACAACCGGCUACUUUAGACUCAGAUUUCGUGGUGAUUCUGGCGGCACUGCUAUGCGCUCUUAUCUGCGUUCUGGGACUCAUAGCAGUUGCUCGCUGCGCAUGGCUCAGAAGACUUUCCUCGAUGGCCAACGCCUCGGCACCGUCGACGCCUCCCGUUCCUUCAGCUGCAAACAAAGGUCUAAAGAAAAAGAUCCUCCGCUCCCUCCCUAAACAGACCUUCUCUGCCGAUUCUGCCACCAAAUUCACCGAUUGCGCAAUUUGUCUGACGGAAUUCGCAACCGGAGACGAAAUCAGAGUGCUGCCUCAAUGCGGUCACGGAUUCCACUUGAACUGUAUUGACAUGUGGCUAGGUUCCCACUCAUCCUGUCCAUCGUGCCGUCAGAUUUUGGUGUUGGCGAGAUGUCAAAAGUGUGGCGGUUUGCCGGCGAGUUCGAGCGGCGGAGCUGAUACGGAGGCUAGAUUGAAGGCGGGAGAAGACCAUGCCAAUAGGUUCUUGCCCUAGCUUUCUUACCUCCUCCUUGUUUGAUAGUUUGGCUAUUAGUCCAAUAUGAUCAACAACAACAAUUAGGAUUAGAAAAGGAAGAUUGAAGCACGAAAUGCGUAGAAUUUCUAUGUAUUUUGAUUUAUUUAGCUUAUGUAAGUAUGUAUGUAUUACUGGUCGUAUAAUAGUUAAAUACCGUUUAAAAGCAUUACCCAAAAUAGAAAAUCAGAAGUGAUGAUGAUGAUGGUUUGUUCAAUUAAUGCUGGUUAUGUAUUUAAUUACCCUUUUUACAUGUGAUAAUGAUAGUGAUUAGUGAUUAUUAAUUA